AUGAUGGUGCCAUUAUUAGCACUGCUGCAGUUUAUCUUCUUUGCUAGCCAUAUGGCCGACGCCAUUUCAAUCGAGGACAUGAUUUUUCCGUCGCCUGCUUAUACUGGUGAUAAACCACCAAGCGUCCCAUUGAUUUUUAAAGGCGGUGUACCCACAGCUGAUUUUGCUAUCGGUACGCCGCCUCAGAAUUUCACCGGAGUGUUGGAUACAGGAUCUCCUAUUACAUGGGUUAUGUCCACUGAAUGUCGAGACACGGGCUGUGAAAACGUGCCCAUGAGUGAAAAAUUUAAUCGAGCAGCAUCAACAACAAACACUGCAUUUCCCAGUGAAAUCGAGUUAAGUUAUUUGGAUGGCACACAUGUGCAUCUCAAGCCAGAAUUGGAUACCGUGACACUUGCAGAAACCUAUAAGUUUCCACACCAUCUGAUCGGCGAAGCGACAAUGGUCGGAUAUCCAGCAGGUUUUGUACCUGCAGCGAAUGCUAGAAUUGGUGUGGGCGAUUAUAGUAACGACAUACUCGAUCCAAAAUCAUCAAAGAUGUCGAAAGAUUUUAAUGCGCCUGUCGGUGCCAGUUUGCAACGCAGAGCAGCUGGAGAUGCACAUACCUCGACGGGCCCUACCGCGUCCGGAUCGCCAAGUUUCCGUAAACGAGAUCCAAACGCAUCAGAUAACUUUCUAUGGAUUCUGGGCGACGAUCCCAGCAUGUACACUGGUCCACUGUACAGGCUGGCCCUAAUCAGUGGGAUCGAUAGUAAAUCUUCGCCAUUCUGGAAGGUGCCGCUGAAAGGAUUGGCUCUACAAGAAAGCAAGAAGGAGCUCACGCUGUCCGGUGGAUUCUAUGGCACGGUUUCUUCCAGCACACCGUAUAUCAUGGUACCCCCUUCUAUGGCAAGCGCCCUCAACGAUGCUAUUGGUGCAAAGUACCAAGCAAAAACCCGAAUGUACACAAUUUCCUGUGCCUGGCGAAAGAAGCUCCCGUCUCUUGUGGUUGAGUUCUCUCAAGGCCUUGAUGCACAAAUACCAGCAUCACAAUAUAUUAACGAAUAUGAACAUAUACCCACUGGACAGUCGGAAGCAUGCUUUUCGACGAUUGUCAAUGGCCCUGACGAUCAUACUGUGUAUCUCGGUGGCCCCUUCUUUCGAUCAUAUUAUCUCGGUUUUGCUGUCACGGAAAAGGCAUUGUAUGUUGCACAAAGUGCUGCCAAUACUGGCGCAACGCUUGCAUCAAACGGUGCAGCAGAUCAAGAUUCUACAGCCCCAGCAUUGACAAACACCAAUAAUCCACAGACACCACCCGCAAUUGAAGCCCCACCAGCACAACCUCAGCAACCUAAUGCAAACGCUCUUAAAAGUCCAUCGGCAGCACCUCAAAAUGGCGGUACAGCAGCACCAGUAGGUCAGAAUGCGCCUAGCUCACAGCAGAAUCCUGGAUCUUCAAUAGGCGGACAGGAUCCUGGGUCUUCAACAGCAGCAGCAAAUAACAAUGUUGAUAAUGAAAUGGCACCCAAUGGUGGCAUCAGUAACACGGAUGCAAACCCUACACAACCCAGUGGCGGCAAUCACCUAAAAGACGCAUCGGUCGGGGCUAAUCCUGAUGCUGCUACAAGCGCAACUAGCAAUGGCAUUGAUACUGGUGCUAACCCAGGAUUGAGCACGGACGGCAGCGGUAUUACUGCGUCACCGAUGGGAGCUAAUAAUGCUCCAUCAGGUAAACUGGCACCAACAUCUCCAAACCAAAUAGCGCCAGAAGGAUCUACUGUAGCCAGUUCCAUUGGCUCAUCUCCUGGUCAAGCGGGCGAUCAGCCCCUUAAUUAA